CGGAAAUUGCGCUAAGGUCCUUAAUUAAACCUCGCCCUACCCCUAAUCUCAAGCUUCUUUCCGGCUGCCAUUUUGAAAGUGGGCACUUGGAAAUGGCAAUGGCUAGCAGUCUCACGCUAAUGAAGCCUCUCUGGAAGGGCGAGUUCCAGAAAGGGGCGGGAACUUCCGAAUGCGUAAUUCCUGUGCGCGAAGUUCGCGUCCGCUGUGGGCGCCGGGGAGGGUUUAGAAGGGAGCGCACUUCCGGUGCCCUUUCUCCCGCGAGAACCGCGGGCCCCGGACCCUCGUGUGAAGGGUGCGAUCUCUGAACUGGAGUGGGGUUGAGGUGGGCCGGCACCCGCUUCUGACCUCUGGUACCGCCGGCCUCAGGAUCGGACAUGGCCCAGAACUUGAAGGACUUAGCGGGACGGCUGCCCUCCGGGCCCCGGGGCAUGGGCACGGCGCUGAAGCUGCUGCUGGGGGCCGGCGCCGUGGCGUACGGCGUCCGCGAAUCCGUGUUCACCGUGGAAGGCGGGCACAGAGCCAUUUUCUUUAAUCGGAUCGGUGGCGUGCAGCAGGACACCAUACUGGCCGAAGGCCUUCACUUCAGGAUCCCCUGGUUCCAGUACCCCAUCAUCUAUGACAUUCGGGCCAGACCCCGAAAAAUUUCCUCCCCCACAGGCUCCAAAGACCUGCAGAUGGUGAACAUCUCCCUGCGAGUGUUGUCUCGACCCAAUGCCAUGGAGCUUCCCAGCAUGUAUCAGCGUCUAGGGCUAGACUACGAGGAGCGAGUGCUGCCGUCCAUUGUUAACGAGGUGCUGAAGAGUGUGGUGGCCAAGUUCAAUGCCUCACAGCUGAUCACCCAGCGGGCCCAGGUAUCCUUGUUGAUCCGGCGGGAGCUGACAGAAAGAGCCAAGGACUUCAGCCUCAUUCUGGAUGAUGUGGCCAUCACAGAGCUCAGCUUUAGCCGAGAAUACACAGCUGCUGUGGAAGCCAAACAAGUGGCUCAGCAGGAGGCCCAGCGGGCCCAGUUUUUGGUGGAAAAAGCAAAGCAGGAACAGCGGCAGAAGAUUGUGCAGGCUGAGGGUGAGGCUGAGGCCGCCAAAAUGCUUGGAGAAGCCCUGAGCAAGAACCCUGGCUAUAUCAAACUGCGCAAGAUCCGGGCAGCCCAGAACAUCUCCAAGACGAUUGCCACAUCACAGAACCGUAUCUAUCUCACUGCUGACAACCUCGUCCUGAACCUACAGGAUGAAAGUUUCACCCGUGACAGCCUCAUCAAGGGUAAGAAAUGAGCCUGGUGACCGGGAACUCCACUCCCAGAGAAGAAGUGGAUCUGUUCCUCCCCUGGUUUUUGAGGAGCCAGCUUGGGGUCCAGCGCACCCCCAUCCCACCCCCAGUAUCAUGUGAUGGUCCCUCCCGCAUCUGUCCUCCCAACCCUUCUUGGAUGAACAAAGCCUGACAAGUUUUCUGGGGAAUUUUGCUCCUCCCUGUGGCGGCCAGAGGUGUUGGGACAGUGUGAUUUCGGAGUGAUUGCCUACAGUGUUGGUUCCUCCCUCCAGGUCGGGAGGCGAUAACCACCAUCCCAGGAAUUCUCAAUAAAUUUUUAUUACUUAAACUCAA